AUGCAAGCCGUACCGGAUGAGGGGAUUUUGACGUCGGUAGAUGAGUGUACUGACUUGCAUGACCAGACCGCCAUGGCUUGUGAGACGGUACCGUUCUGGAAUGUCAAUGUACCCAAGGCCUCUUGGACGGAAGAUUGUCCAGAGUUUCUGCGCUACGCCUUCGACAACGAGAAAGACAGAGGCAUCCUCAGCACUCCCGACUCUCAGUACCACCGCCAAUCAUGGCAACAAGUCAAGAACAUCAUCCUCGAAAACCGCCUCGCCGACUUCGACAGAGUGCCCAGUGAGCUUCGCCUCUAUCGUGAAUACUGCGCAAAGCUCGUGAGGGAGCAUGGUAGUAUCAUGAACUUCGUCAUGCGUGAACGACUGCACUGGAACGAUCUCUCUCCAUCCGGUGAAGCCUUCACAAAUCCCGAGGACUACAAGAUCCUCUACAACGACUGGCCUUACGGUAUCGACAAGAGGAUUGUACAUUUGGUUGUUUGGACCAAGUUCCAUCUUCCCGCAGACCCUUCGUCAGACAUCGGCGACAUGUCUUCAGAGACCAGGGCACUGGUAGAUGACUUUGUUGAGCAGACUUUCGCGAGUAAGUGCGGCAGAGAAAACGUAAUAUGGUUCAAGAAUUGGGCGGGUUUGAAGAGUGUGCAUGCCGUGGAACAUCUGCACGUUAUGCUGUUUGAUCCGGACCCUAAGUUCGUUGAGGGAAUUACGGGUGGUGAUGUGCCGCUGUUCAGGGAGGUGAAGGGAGGGCGAUAUGAGGGAGAUGUUGGAGGCAUCAAGUUAACCACCUGA